GUGGCGGUCAUUAUGAGCAGCAAAGAUGUAAUUAGAUGUCGGAUGCGGGAAGUCCUGAAACGUAUGACCCCUUCUGUACGGAUGGAAAAGUCGCAAUUCCUUUUGAAACAGUUUCUUAGUUUCCCUGAAUACCAAAACCUUCAGAAGUUUGCUGUCUACAUUAAUUUACCUGAAGAACCUGAUACAACGUUAAUUAUCGAGAAGGCACUUUUGGAUGGGAAGAGUGUAUUUGUUCCGCAAGUUAUGUUUAACGCUUCAGAAAACUAUCCCUGUAUGUACAUGAGAUCCCUUAAGUCUCUGAAAGAGAUUGAACUUUGGAAGCCUAAUAAAUGGGGAAUCAAAGAACCCGAUCCAAUCCCGAAUGAAGAGCUGUCAGAUAUCAUUACAAGUCAAGGCGGAUUGGACUUACUUAUUGUACCUGGAUUGGCCUUUACAAGCACUGGUCAUCGUCUUGGUCGCGGAGGAGGAUAUUACGACCGAUAUGUUGCAUGGUAUAUGAAGCAGUGUCAUUCAGGUGUCCUUCGCAGACCUUAUUUAACUGCAUUCGCUUUUUCUGAACAAAUAGUAGACUAUAUUCCUUCAGAACCUCAUGACAUAAAUAUCGACCAGCUAUUCGUCGCAUAACUGUGCUCUCAAAGAGACAUUUGAUUUUAUGUUCUUUAUUUGAUGUGUAAUUAUGACAGUUUACUUUCCAGAAAAGCCCUUUAAUGCGAGGAGAUAACACCAUAGGGUACCAAAAUAUAAUUUUACUGCACAAUGUUGAACUGUAAAUUUAAUCAGGUAAUUUCGAUAGAACACUGAUUGCUAUACUGAAAUAGGUUACUAUUGUAUCCACUCAUUUUCUAAGUAAAGGUUUACGAUUCA